ACAAUAUGUAUUUAUCUAGCAGGAUAUUGAUAUGCGAGGAUCAAUAAUGCACAUAAACCUCAAAUGAGAAAACUUUCCAUUUCCAUAUUGCAACACGUGCGCAAUACAUCUUCUUAUUCAUUGUCAAUAUAUUUAAUAAUCUAUUUCGUUUAAUGAAGUGUGUUACAUUCACUUUUGUGAAUGAAUUACGAUGCAGUGGCAACCCAAUUUGAUCAGGAGUGAUCUAGUUUGCAGAAUGUGCGUGUUAAAUUGUAGGCAGUGCCAUUUGUAAAAUUCUAGAUAUUUGUGUAAGAAAUUAUGCACAAUAGUACAUAUUUCUAUUUACUUUGGGAAUACUUUAAUGUUUACUAACAAUGCGAUGGUGUGAAGUGUAACAUUCCGAUUUUGUUAAAUCUUGGAAUUAUGAAACUCAAGUUAAUGCAACCAAGGGUUCUUCAGGCGGUUUGUACGAUGGUUGGAAUUUGUCAAGUAUUUUAGGUCAAAGUUGUAAAAAUAGACAAUUUUUUUCAGGCAGAGGAAGCAAACUUCAUUUCUAUCCUAUUUUCCUCACAUUAAUUUUCACUCUGAUUUCUCACUUGGGCCUUCAUAGUCUUACAACAGAAUCAGCGAUGCAUAAUAAUCAGAAAUUAAUUACGGUACAAAACAUUUCACAGAUUUCAGACAUGUUUAAUUUGAUUAAUCAUUAGAGAUGACACUUUAAUUUUUUGAUACUAUAAUAUAAAAUUGAAUAUUGAAAAAUUGAAUAAAUUCAGCUAAAAUAAAGCCAAAUGGAAAUAAUUAAUUUGCUUCACAAUUCUAAAACAUUGGUAUGUCGAAGAUAAAAUAAUACCACACAUUCGUAUACCGUCCAAUAUAUCGAAUUCUGUGUCAAAAUGAGCAACGCUUUAUUAGGAAUGAAAAGUAAAUUGUGUAAGUUUGCCCAUUGUUUUUGCUGAAUUUAUGUAAUACAUAUCUUCUAAUGCAAAGAUUCAACAAAAUCGGAAUGGUACACUUCACACCAUCACAUUAGAAGAGUUUUUAUAUUUUGUAGCUAAUAAAUGAUGCUAAGAUCCAAGAUGCCGGAAUUUCCUAUCAUACCCAUAACUAAAUACAUAUACGGCUUAAUUAGAUUUAUUAGCACGAUUGGCUGAAACCCAAGAUUAUUUGACACUUAUCAAUCUAUAAGGGAGAAGCGUUACCUAGAUACUUAAUGUCAGGCAAUCGUGGUCAGAGUCACUAAAUUGAUAAGUCACUUAACACAUUUCACCAAUUAUUAUUUCGGGAAAUGAGACAAGGUACUUUGGCAAGAUGACUGAUAAAAACCAACAACCACUAAAAGACGAGUCAGCAAGAGAUGCUCAUGUCCAACUCAACAAUAUGAAAGUGGAGAAACCAACAGGGAUUCAAGGUAAUCCUGCCUCAAAUGAUAAACCUCCGAUGCAUCUGGUCAAGGAAAUGGCUCCAACUGCUGGAGGAGCUGGAAAAGAAAGGCGGAUUGAAUUUGAGCAAGUUGAGCCACUCCCACUGGAGAUUGAUCUGUCUGCACCAAGGCGCAAGAGUUUGGGAGUUGGAAGAAAAAGCGCAUUGUUCGAACGUCGGAAGAGUAUCUCAAUGAUACUCGCCCAAGUUUCGUUGGUGGCUAAAAAGACUACAACUGGUGAGUUUGACGGAGUUCACUGGAGAACGCUAAUGAAGAAUUACUUUCGAGAAUCUGCUAAGCGAUGGCCUCCAAAAAAGAUGCUUGGGCUAUUCUGGACUAAAGGAUACUAUACUGAUCAUGCUAUCAAAAUUCAGAGAAAAUCCAGAUACUUUAGUAGAUAUUUAGCUAAUGAGAUAUCUGAAGAUGAGCUUACGAAAAUCGAGAACCAAGCUUAUGGAAAAGCUCAAGAUGCUCGUGAGCAAGGACGGCCAGAAGCUCAGGAAUGGGAGUCAUACGAUUCAGAGGACAGUGUAGAAGGAAAAAUUGUGAAAAAGCUCCGACGAAAAUCUCUUCAAAUACGUCAUCCGAACCUUUGGGAGUCCCAUGAGGAGCGAAAGAAAGAAUACGAGCGUCGGAAAACAGAGAAAUCUACCUUGAAAAAAGAAGGAAGACCAUACAACCGUCCGAAUUACUCUCCAUUCAUUGGUCCAAUCUUGAAAGAUCUUUGAAGGUUGACACAAAAGCCUCGACUUUGCAAGAAAAAUAUUACCCAGAAAAUGGAUUCAUUUUUUAACCUAAACAAUUUGUUUACAUUAUUCAAAAACUACUUAUGUAAAUAUAAUAUGUAGCUGUAAACCAUUGCUUUUUAUGCUUCCGAAAAAAAUACAAAAAUCAACGUAUAACUUUCCCAUGCAUUGGUUUGGUCUGGGCUGGGUUAUCUCAUUUUAAGACUUUUACAUAUGUACUUUGUGGGGUGACCAGACUCCUCAUUAAUAGAGACAGCCAGGCCAGCGGCGGUAGCACAUUAAAGGCUAAUUGCCGACAUUUUAAGACUUCAUAAUUUUCUACCGUCCAUGCACUAGCUCUUCUGGGAACGUUCGUAUUGAGGGAGGGGGAGGGCUGUGCACUAGCUCCUCAUCCUCAUGUUAAAUCGGCAGCUCGUAACAAGAUGGGGGAGGGAGGGUCAGAAAUUAUUGGGAUUGAAUUAGGAUUUUUCAUAAUUUAUAGCAAUCUCUCUACAGGAGAACACAACGCAAAUUAGCAUAUAAAAAUUCCUUGUCGUAAAAGCACUGUUGGAUUUCUUCUUUCUCCUGCACCUCAUUCUCAAAAGAAAGGAAAAUCACAGUUGACAGUAAGAGCAGUUUACAUAGUUGAUAUUUUUUUGCGAUGGCACUGUUUUAUGGUAACAUUCUGCUGAGCAAAUGUUCACAGUAUUUUACAUCUAUUUUAAUAUUUUGUCAUAUAUGUUUGUAUUGCUGUGAAGUUUUUAUAAGAAGGCAGCAAA